AUUCUUCUCAGGCCCGUCGUUAUAUAGGGCAGCUCUCAAGAUUGUCAACCACGGCCCAUUAUCUCUCCUUCAAACUCGUACAGCGUCGUUCAAUAUGGCAGACUGGACUGAAUACUCGAAGCCUGACCCCGAUCUUGUUCCCCACCUAAGCAAACUUCCCACCUUAACCUUCUCAAAGGAGACCCUUCCAGAGAUCAGGAAGGCCUUGGUAGAAGCAACACCGCAUCUUCAGGAUGCUUUGAAGUCGCAACUUCCUCCAGACAAUACGUAUCGCGUCAAAGACUACAACGUACCCGUUGAUGGAGGGGAGAUUCUUGUUCGCAGCUUGGUGCCUAUCCCGCAGGAUGCAGAGGGAAAGACUUUCCCGCUCUAUGUUUGGUAUCAUGGUGGAGGCUGGUGUAUUGGCGAUGUCAAUAUGGACGAUUAUAGGCUUCGAAGUAUUUGCGUUGAUCUGCAGAUUGCCGUACUGAACGUGGAGUACAGAUUGGCUCCAGAGUAUCCCCUUGCAACAAUACUGAACGACUCCUAUGCAGCACUGAAAUGGGCUGUCGAGAACGCUUCCCUGUUCUCCGCGUCACUGGAGAAGGGGUUCAUAGUUGGUGGCAUAUCCGCUGGUGCUCAUCUUGCUACGCUUGUCGCCCAUUGGGCGAGGGACGAUGCAUUUUUUGAAGGCCGAAAGCUAACUGGUCAAGUUUUACAACUUCCUGGCGUGGUUCAUCCGGAUGCAUUCCCAGAGAAGUACAAGCCGACAUUAUCCUCAGUGGAACAAAACAAAGAUGCUCCUAUCCUCAACAAGGCUGCGGUCUUAGGGAUUGGAGACAUAGUGGGCGCUGAACCGAAUGACCCGAACUUUUCAAUUCUACUCGCGCCCAAUCAUCGUGACUUACCACCCGCGAUUUUACAAGUGGCCGGUGGAGAUCCACUUCGUGAUGGCGGUCUUCUAUAUGACCAACUUCUUAGGGAAUCCGGUGUGAAAACGAAGCUACAUGUGUAUCCUGGCAUGCCUCACGGAGGCUUCAACAUGUUCCCCGGCGCCGGGGUAUAUCAGAAGUGGGAAUCUGAUUAUACAGGAGGAUUGGGAUGGUUGCUUUCAGGUGCAACUCUCGACGCCUACUAGCGUCACUCAGUUUACCCAACACAGCGUUGAUGACCCAAGUCUUGUCUUCAUUUGCAGUAUUCAGUAUCAUUGGAACUCUUGCUACGGUGUCUAAACUAAAGAGUUGUUUAACUGUAUUGGUCAUCUAUUCCGAUACGAUUACCUCGUGCAUGAAGCGUGAAGUUGCCCGGCUUUUGUACAUGGGUGAUGGUCCAUCACGACCUCCAGAUGGUCGAAGGUAACUCAACAAUAUUGUCGAUGCCACUAAAUUGUCAUCUGUCCAUCGCCAAUAAAAAUGGGGUAGGUGA